GGGGUACAAAUCGACCAAGGAGAUAUCCGUAUACCGUAUCUGUGAAUGGAUUCAUGUCAGGGGCCAAAUCCACCAGAAAAUCGGCUUACUGGUAUUCUCAAAAUUCCUCGCAGUCAUAUGGGCGUUGCCUCUAUAGAGCAUGUACUAAUCGGAUAGCUUUAGAUUCUUAGGACAAAUAUACCGCGUGAUGAAAAAAUCAGGACCAUUCAUUAAUCAUAGUCAGGUUGCCAUUCGAAGUAUCAAAAAAAUAUAUAUAUAUAUUUAUUACACGACUAAGCUAGUUCACUGGGCCAAUCACUAAAAUGCUCCAUUGCCAGUCCAGUAUUCUCUAAGUAUUGUGGACUGAGCACUGUCCCGAAUGAUCCCGCACGAUCACUCCUAAAGGUUAUUUUAUGGUAGUUUCAUAUUUCAAAUAAAAGACUCCUUUUGUUUUUCUUCUAACUCUCUCUCCCUUCCGUUUUGUUUCAUAUCAGACCUGAGGUACACGUCUAGUCGACUUCCAAACAGAAUUGUGCGCUUGUGCGCUUGAAGUUUGAGAUGUUUUCCCAGUCCGUGAUCGUGGUACUUUCAAUCAACAUUUUGGCUCCUGCUAUUCCUCUGUCUUUUUUGUACGGUCCUCGCUGCGUUAGGUCCGUACUUUGAAGAUCUCGGGCCGAUAUUCCCACAGUACGGCCCUCGCGCUUGGCUAAUAAGAUAUAUUGACUUGCUAUAUAUGUUUAGAGAAGCUCAAAAGUUAUUGAACAGUACUUUCAUGUCGUACUGUUUAUUAAUGACUUUUUAAUUAAUAUACUGUAAAAGAUGCAUGGCUCAAACUUGUUGGUCUGUAGGUGAUUUAAAAUUUAAUGAAAGCUACUGUUAAAACCCUCAGUGAGGUCCUCAAUCGUGAGGCACUGCCCAGAUCUGUUUGGUCUGACAUUUUACAAAUACAGUUUAACCCCGCUAUUUCGGACUCUCAGGGGAAACGAAAAAUAGUUCGAAAUAGCGGGAGAUCGAAAUAGUCGAGCAAAUCCAAGGGAAAAUGGUUUUGAGGCCGAAAUAACGGGGAAUUCGGAAUAACCGAGUUCGAAUUAGCAAGGUCUAACUGUAAACUUGUCCGUCUACUCAAAUUUAAAGUCAUUAUGUGUGGUAUUAUGGGUGAAAGCCAUUUGGGGGAGGAGUAUUUAACCCAUGCCAAUUAACAGGAACGUCAUUCAUUAUUUUUAAUCAUCCAUUUAAAAUUUGAAUAGAAAAUUAUCCAUUUAUGUCUUUUGUUUGAUUAAAGAACAAUGUGCUAUUGACACAUCUCUCAAUAGGACCGGAUUAUUUUCAAUCCUGUGACACGGAAAACAGUGUUUAUUUUCUCUUGUAAGACCUUGUUUUCUCGUUCGUUUGGAGGCGACUUUUCUCUCAUUAAGUGAUCAGCACAGAGUUAAACCGCUGCAUUUCAUUUCACUGCCUUUCAAGUCACUUUCUGGUUAUAACAGUAUGGAAAGUAAACGGGAAGAAAAGAAACUCAACAAACUCCAAAGUGAAAGCAAAUCUAUUGAAGAGGAAAACGAAACCUCAAGUCCUUCCAUUUACGCUGUUGUGGCCGCUCACUCUUUAUCAAAAGACAUAAAACAGAAGUCACUGCAUCUGAUCAAAGUCAAACGACGGCAUGGAGACUGGGGACAGUUUGACAUGACGCAUGCGUGGUCGCCAGAGGACUUUAUGAGCAACAUGGGGAGUCGGCAGAGUAGUGCAUUGGCACGAGACAGCUCAUUGGUUGAUGAAAAUUUGACUAUGGCUCGUCCCUUUGUUAUGGAACCCCUAAAAACCUUUCAGGAACACCGUGUUAAACCAAUUAUUCAACAAGUUUUGGAAACAAACCUGGCUGAGCGGACGUAUGACCCAGACUUCUGCAAAGACGCUGCUCUCAAGAUAACCGAGGAGAUCAAGGAACGAGUAAAGAAACUUUGUUAUCCAAGAUACAAAUUCGUUUGUCACGUGGCCAUAGGAGACAUCAAUCAACAAGACGUGAAAAUUGUGAGCCGAUGUGCCUGGGACUCAGCGGUCGACCGUUUNGACUAG